UGAAGCCCAGGGACUUAUGACUUAUAUUGCCAAACAUGUGACUCUGCUUCCUCAGUCCAAGAUCCACAACUUUAUAAUAUACCUGUUGUAGUUGAAUAGUAAUAGUAGCAUGAUUUAGAUAGUUUUUCGUAUUUCUGUUACACUACGGAUUUGCUUUCACAAAAGCAAGUCAACAACUAUGUCAGCAUGGGGACAAUGGAUCCGAACUUUCGUUACCGUGGAGCCGGUUAUUUUUCUUUACAUGACCAGCACGUUUAUCAUGACGCCCACUUUCCAGCAGCUGGUGAUUACUAAGGUGUGUUAUGAGCUUUUUCGCGACACCGAUAUCUGCCGCAGCCCGGAGCGCUACAAAGACAGCGAGGAGCUGAUCGAGGAUCGUUCUUCCUUCCUUCUCCUGCUCUUCACCUGUGUGACCAGCUUGGUGUCCAUCCCUCCAGCCCUGCUGCUGGGCUCUUGGUCCGACCGUUCCAGCCGCAAGGCCGUCAUGCUUCUGCCUUGCCUGACGUCUUUGGUCAGCGGCGGGGUGUUCAUAGCCUUGUCUCUGCUGGAAGACGCGAGUGUGUACUGGUUGCUAGCCACGGCAGUGGUGACGGGGCUCUCCGGGGGAUACGUCUCCUUGUUCCUCAGUUCGUUCAGUUUCCUAGCAGAUGCGACAGCGGGAUUGGGGAGCAACCGUACUCUGCGCAUGGCGGUGGCGGAGUCGAUGGUCUUCGUGGGGGGGGCCGUGGGGUUCUUGUUAGGCGGCCUGUUGAUCCAGGAGUUCGGGGUGACCUCUGCAUUCAUGGCGUACAGCUCCUGUCACGUUCUCUCAGUGCUCUAUAUCCUGCUUUGGUUACGCAAUCCUGAACGCUCGGCCCCACCUACUCUCUCGGGAGACGAUGGAGAAGGACUGCCGCCUGUGGCCGGGGAUGCUGAAGCGGAACCGUCAGCCAAUCUGAUGUGCCUGAGUGAUGUGAAGAGGUCCUUCCAUUCCGUGUUCAGGAGGAGGCCAGGACAGCAGAGGCUGAAACUCCACCUCCUUAUUGUCUGCACAUUCAUCAACAACAUGGUAGCUGUAGGAGAACAGGCUAUCUCCCUGCUGUAUUUGAUGUAUAAGCCCAGGGAGUUCACCACGGAAAUGUAUGGAGUGUUCAAGUCUACACAGAUGCUGUUGUUGGGGUUAACCCUGCUGGUGAUAUUCCCCCUGCUUAUGAGAGUGGUGGGAGUGAUGACUCUGGGCAAAGUGAGUGUCCUCUUCAGGACAGCAGGGUUUGUUCUAAUGGCCUUCUCCACUAACACAUGGAUGGUGUUUCUAGUGUCUCUGGUGUCUGCUCCUGCCGGCAUCACCCAGGCAGUUGUCCGCUCUCUGUCCUCUAACGUUGUAGAUCCAGAUGAACAAGGUGCCAUGUUUUCCUUCUCUGCCUCUGUGGAGACCACGUGCUACAUGUUCGCAGCGGUGCUGUUCAAUGGCCUUUACCCUCUGACCCUGCCGACCUUCCCGGGGAUGCCUUUCAUCGCCAUGGCAGGCUUUACGCUUAUUGUAUUCAUCUUAAUGCAAUGGAUCAGUGAGAUGCCGGCCACUCAAGCUCGACUGAUCAUACAGGACUAAAUCCAGUCUUACAGAGUGCUCCAUAUCCAUUCAGCAGCACAUUAUAGAGGUUGUUAUAUGGAAUCCAGCCCUUGUGUUCAACUUUGAGGAAAUGGACAUGGGAAGAAUCCUUGAUUCAAAGUAUUUAUUUAUAAUGAACUGUGAAAACUGGAAUGUCCCGCUGAUUUUUAGUUAAGGCAUUUCCUUCUAGGUGUGUUUUGAAGUUUUGCUCUCACCACACAUGCUCUGCUUUUCUGCUGUGCUCCGCAGGAAAAGGGUAAACGUCAAUGGUACUUUUCCCUGUUCUGCCUAUUCCUUGAACAUUUGAAUGAUUUCAGGUUUUGAUUUCUUCACAAAUGCAAAAUUAUUGCGGCUGAAUGCCUUAAAAAUUAAACAUUAUUAUCAUGAUAAGAAUGUAUGUUGUUUGUACACGUUAUAUGUUCGUCUUAUUACUAUGCAAUCCAUUCUGUAGAAGACAUUAGGAGGAGUACAGUAUGUGAGAUAGGAACAGGGGAGGGGAAGUGAGAUAGGAGGAGAGCGAUAGGGAGUUGAGGAGCAGGAGUGAAAGAGAUUAUUGAAGUUGUCUCACAGAAUGGAGAGUGUUCUGAUUGAGCUGAUAAAGGAAGCUAUUAUAACCGGAUAAUGAAAUUAGAAUAGUAUAAGGUCAGACUCCAUAUCUGGAGAAUGUAUUUGAGAAAAGCUGUAAUAACCCCUCCUUCUUGUCUAACUGAUAAGGCUAUAUGGACACAGACAUACAGACAGAUAGGCGUUUUUAUACUGAUACACCACAAUUAGAAUGGAAAACAAAUGUUUUGCAACUGUUUUAUAGAGAAAAAUGUCAGCGGUUGAUU